AUUUUUCUUAGCAUUUUUCGUACGACAUGAGACAUUCUCAAAUACGACAUUUAGAUCGAAUAUGGAAAAUGUCAAAUAUUCUCCACCACCACCACAAGGUUCUAAACUCAACAGCAUCAACCAUCUGUUGCAAAGCUAGGAUAAGGUAGAACAUAGACAAUGUCGUCAUUACCAGGCAUACCACCUGUCAGUGGUCCCAAUGGUUCCAAUUAUGGCUCCCAGCAACAACAGCAAGAAGAAGAAUUGAAUGCUAAUUUCGAAAACUUAGCUGUUGAUACUAAGAAAAAGAGGAAAAGACCAGUAAGAGCUUUUCAUACUGAUUUUGGAACAUCAGAUUCUACUACAUCAUACAAUUCAUCUCCUGCCUUACCUGCUAUGGGUGUCAAUAUCAAUAGUAACUUUUCAAGCCCUGUUCCUUUACAACAAUCCACUUCAUUUCAUCCUCAACCUGUUUUCGGUAGACAUGAUCAACCACCUCCAGAUAAUACAGAUAGACUCCCCAUUAAAGAUGUUUCCUUACAAGAAGCAAGAUAUAAUAAUCAAUUGGAAUACUCCACUCCUCUAGAAGACGGAUCAUAUAAGACAUUCUCAACGUUUGAAAAUAUAACUCCUCCAGAUGCUGGUACUAAUUAUAUAUGUAUUGAUCAAGGUUCAGCUCUGCCAAAAUACAUUAGAUCAACAAUGUAUUAUGUCCCUGAAACAGAGCAACUAAGAAAUACGACAAAGUUACCAGUGGCAAUUACUAUCAGACCAUUUGCUCCUUUAUUAGAUUCAGAGGAUCCUGUUUCGGUUGUUGAUAUGAGAAGAGCAGACGUGGUGAAUAAAGAGGAUCCUUUAAGUAUGGGUCCUAUCCGUUGUCGUCGUUGUCGUACUUAUAUAAAUCCAGCCUUUCAAUUCACUAAUAAUAAUAGAUUCGUCUGUAAUAUCUGUCAAUUUGCCAAUAAUGUUGUCCCUGAUGAUUAUGUGUCUUACUUAGAUAAUUAUGGUCGAAGAGUUGAUAGAUUAACUAAACCAGAAUUAUGUAAAGGUAUGUAUGAUUUAUUGGUUCCUAAGGAAUAUAAUUUUGGUGAUAUAGAAAAAGAUCCAUCCCCUUUACAUCAUUUGUUUUUAAUAGAUAUUAGUGAACAAAGUAUUAAACAAAAUUUAAAUGUGGUGGUUGCUGAUUCAAUUAGAGCUAUUCUUAAUAAUCUCGAUCAAGGACAAGAAGAUUUCAAUGAUGAUCCUGAAUCUCCAGCUCCUCCAGCUUCUCCAUCUUUGAAAAUCGCUAUCAUCGCAUUUGAUAAAAGAUUACAUUUCUAUAAUUUAUCAUCAUCCCUUGAAACUACUCAAAUCGUGGUUUCAUCCGAUUUAGAAGAUCCAUUUGUCCCAUUCAGUGAUGGUUUAUUCGUUGAUGCUCAAGAAAGUAGAAACGUCAUAGAAGAUGCCUUAAGUCAUAUUGAACAAUUGAAUUCACAUGAUGCAGUCAUAGACCCCGAACCAUGUUUCUCAGCUGCUUGUAAAACUGCCAUGCUUUGUCUUGAAGAAGUUGGCGGGGGUAAGAUUACAUCCAUUUUAUCAAGUUUACCUUCAUGGGGUCCAGGUGCUUUAAAAUAUAAAGAUAAUAAGGCAGUUGGUCGUGCUGCGACUGCUGAAAUUGAAAAAUCUAUAUUCCUUCCGGAUAAUGAUUAUUAUAAAGCCUUACAAAAAGAAUUCAUUGAAAAGGGGGUCGGUUUAGAUGUUCAUGUUGUAUCUCCUAAUUCAGUUGAUUUAUCUAAUGUUGGAUGGUUAGCAUCUGUUUCAGGUGGAAGAUUAUCAAGAUGGCCAAACUUCAAUUUGGAAAGAGAUGGUAGAGCUUUAACCUCUAGAAUUAUUGAUUCUGUCUCAAAAGCAACUGGUUAUCAAGGUCAAUUGAAAGUCCGUUGUUCUAAUGGUUUACAAGUUGCUCAAUAUUAUGGUACAUCAUCAUCAGUGGCAGAAGCCUCAGUUGCUGGAGGUGUUCAAGAUCCAGUCAUACCUAUUCUUUCCGAAGAUCAAACUUUAACAGUUUUAUUUGAAUAUGAUGGAAAAGUAUCCAAGAGUUACGAUUGUCAUUUCCAAGCCGCCUUAUUAUAUACUGAUAUUAAUGGGGUAAGAAAAGUCAGAGUAAUUAAUUUAAUACUUGCUGUUGGUGAAUCUCUUGAUGAAGUUUUCAAUUUUGCUGAUGAAAAUGCGAUUGCUACCACUAUUGUUCGUGAUACCCUUUCAUUUUUAGGUAAACAACCACUUACUGAACUUCGUGAAUCGGUGAAUGAAAAAUUGGUUGAAAUUUUCACUCAAUAUAGAGCUCUUGAAGAAUAUGGUAAUAGUAGAGCCAGAACUUUGAAUUUAUUAUUCCCUAGUUCAUUAACCAAUUUACCAAGUUAUACGUUAGCUUUCAUCAAAACCAAAGCCAUUAGACAAUCAGGUCUGCUUUCAUCUGAUGCUAGAUUAUUCGAUUUAUAUCAAAUGUCUACCAUGCCAAUUGAAAAUUUAUUAUACCAUUUAUAUCCUGCAUUUGUUGAAUUACAUUCAUUAAGUGAUGAAGAAGGGUUCAUAGAUGAAGCUACAUCAAUUCUUAGAUUACCUAAAUUCAAAAAUCCAUCUCUCAGAAGUAUGGAACCAGGGGUUUAUUUAUUAUGUAACAGUACAAAAAUAUUUGUGUGGGUUGAUCCAAAUGCUAAUAUUCUUUUAAUUAAAGAUUUAUUUGGUGAUCAUAUUGAAUCAACCACUGAAAUAAAUCCAUUAAUAGAUGAAUUACCUGAACUUUCAACUCCCAUUUCACAACAAGCUAGAAACAUUUGUGAAUAUUUUAAUAAGCAUUUGAUUUGUACUGGAUCUUUAGGUAGUGCUGGUAUUCAAAUAGUUCGUCCUGGUAUUGAUGGUUCCGAAAUAGAGUUUAAAGAAGCUUUGGUUGAUGAUAGUUUAAAUGGUACUCUCGCUACAUCCAGUGGUCCAAGUUUAGCUGAUUAUUUAACCACGUUACAUAAGACUAUAAUGGUUCAAGCUGAAAAUGAUAAAGUUAAACAAUCAGUUAAUACAACUCAAUCGCAUCAUGAUACCUUAGCCCAACGAUUGAUUCAUUUUUGAAUCCAAUCCUUAAAAUUAUUUAAUUAAUU